UUGCGCCUCAGAUCAGUAGUUGAUGUUCACUUUGCGGCUUAGUUAGUUAGUUAGUUAGUCAGUCAGCCAGUUAGCUAGUCGUCUAGUUGGUGGCCAGUAAUCGAAAGUGCCAAAAUGUCACAGGUGCUGCAGCUGGAUGCCUUGGUCAUGGCCAUGGCCUGUCUAUCCACCACACAAACGGAUCUGGGCGGAGGACUGAUGGUUCCGCCCUCCUUGGGCAAUGCGAGUUCCAGCAGCUGUCCAGUUUCGGCUUUAAGUGGUCUUACCACUCGGAUGCAAUCGCUGAACAACGAAAUAGCUAGUGUCAAGGAGCAGAUAGGCAGUCUCCAGGAGCAGUUGGUGGAUCUGCGAAGAGCGGGAAGUGCACCGGUGGUGGGAAUCGCUUCGCCCAAUGCACUGGCAUCUCGAUUUCCCUUCUCCCUCAACAGCCUGGACAUUGAGCCACAACUCCUGGCCAACGGUGGUGCAGUGGCCGCUCCAAUCACUCCGGCAAACUGCCUGAAACAGCAGCACGGUGUGGUGCGAAUCAGACCCCGCUCGAACGUGGAACCCUUCUUUGUUUUCUGCGAUCAGAAGGUCAGGAACGGUGGUUGGACCAUGGUGGUUAAUCGUUAUGAUGGCAGUGAGGACUUCAAUCGCAAGUGGGCGGAUUACAAGAUCGGUUUUGGGCCACUAACCACCGAGUUCUUCAUUGGAUUGGAUAAAUUGCAUCAGAUUACGAGCAGUGACAACUACGAGCUGUUGGUUCAGCUUCAAAAUCGAAAGCAGGAGUUGAGAUAUGCCCUUUAUGAUCAUUUUAGCAUCGGCAGUGAAUCGGAACAGUAUCGUCUGAAUGUCCUAGGGGACUACCACGGCGAUGCUGCUGAUGCACUGCGUGACCACACGGGAAAAAAAUUCAGUACCUCCGAUAGGUUUAAUGAUGAAAAUGAGCAAAAUUGCGCGGUUCAGCAGUCGGGAGCUUUUUGGUAUGGCGGCUCCUGCAAUCUCACCAACCCCUUCGGCCUAUAUCAACGCCUUCUAGAACGGGAUGUGGAUGGCUUCAAGGGCAUUCUGUGGCGCGGUUUCUUGAAUGGACCCAAAGGUUCCCUGAAAAUAGUUCGCAUGAUGGUUCGUCCACGGGCCGUUUUAUAAAUAAUUAACUUUAUUGACUACACCAGUCACAUAUUAACCAAACGCCCAACAGGUUAUGAAAAAAAAACAAACUAAUAAAACUACAAAA